AUGACUCAGAUGAUGGGGGAGAAGGAGAGGUGGUCGCAAGGACUCCCAGAUGAUAUAUUGCAAUUGAUAGCACGACGACUAUACAUAUCAGAUUACCUGGUGUUUCGCCAAGUAUGCCCUUUUUGGCGAGCCGCUGUGGAUAGAGGUAUAGCCACCGGAUCUUGCCCUCCUGCUCCUCAACUUCCAUGGCUUUUGCUUCACGACUCCUAUGGCUUUUGGACAGGGAAUUAUGAAUCCCUCGAUGCCUUCUACAUCGAACGACACCAAUACUCCUUUCUAAGGGCUCCAACAUCCUUCCGAUCAGAAAUUAUGUCGUCUCCUGUUUCUUCCUUACGACAUUGUGUUGGUUCAAUCGAGUCGUGGCUGAUCGUAGCUGUUUAUCAACGAUGCCCUAAUAAAAACAGCUCUACUGUCGUCAACUUCUUCUUUAAUCCAGUAUCGCGUGCCCGAGUCAUGCUGCCAUCAAAGGACUUGUUCUUGAUGAAAAUCGUAGCCUCUUCACCACCAGCAACAACAAGGCUGCCGCACAAUUGUUUCGUGGCUGCUUUUAGUUAUGAAAAUCGUUUGGGUAUUUGCAGGCCAACUGAUACAUCAUGGACCCUCAUUGAGACCAUAGAUGGGCUCGACUAUAAAGAUAUUGAAAUAAUUGAUCAGAAAUUAUAUGUUGCAGGGCUUAGAGACAAGCUUGGACACAAGUGCUAUGUACUGGAAUUUGACAUACUCUCUGAAGAUGACAAUGUCACUAGGGCCAAAUACAAUUGUAGGCUCUGCAUUGACGUCCCGAAUUUUGCUGAUUCGAAUUCGAGACGGUACCCUUGUCUGGUAAAAGAUUCUGCAUCCAAGGAGUUGUUUAUAAUUCUUCGUACGAGUACGAUAAGUAAAGGAUUCCGAGUGUAUAAGAUGGAGAGCAAGACUGAUGGUAAUCCAUCCUGCGAGGAGGUUACUGACCUUGGUGAUCGAAUAUUGUUUCUGAGCGAGAAAAGCAAUAAGGUCAUCAAUGAGAAGACACUUGGGAAAAACUACAUCUAUUUUGCUUUCGAUUAUCAAGAUGGUUUUUGGGUGUACUGCUUGACGGAUAUGAGCAUCGAAAGGGUUAACUUGCCCAAGGAUUCCUCGUCUACCAAUGGUAGAACUCUUUGGUUCACACCCCAUCGAUCCGUGGUAGCUCGAUUCCUUUAG